ACAUUUCAUUGAUUCCCUCAAUUGUUUUAUUGAAACGGCGCCGUCUUCACCUCUUUCCAGGCGUGCGCCACAAACACCAUUAUUUAUUUAAAUAAAUAAAUAAAUAAAUAAUCCUCUCUAUUUUGACGCUUACUUUUUACCUAUAUCCGAUAUCUUCUCACCCAACAUUUUCUUUUGUUUCUUUUUGUUGGUAAACUAAAGUACCAACAUACAUUAUAAUUAAGGGAAAAAAAGAUAGAAGAUUUAUUGAUUCUGGGUUUGAUCCAAGAUUGUUCAAAUCAGAAAAUACACUUGGAUUUUGUAAUUUUGCUCAUUUUUUUAAUGUUGUUUUGACCUGAAAAUUCGUUUUUUCGGGUAUUAUUGCUCAUUUUUUGGCGGUAAAUUUCUGUACUUGGUAAUAUUUGGAAGAUAUGGCGUCUCAUUUUGAUAGGUGGGAGAAAGAUCCCUUUUUUUCAGCUGCAGAGGAGGUUCAAGAAUCCACCGACAGAAUGGAAUCAACUUAUAGGACAUGGAUUCAUGCUUUGAAGGAUACUACUGGUAGUUGGAAUUGUGAUGCUCUUCGCAGGGACCUUAGAACUACCCUUGGCACUGCUAAAUGGCAGCUGGAGGAAUUCGAAAGGGCAGUUAGAUCGAGCUACAAUAGUAAGGUUGCUGAUGAUGCAAGAGAUAGACAUCACGAAUUUGUUAUUGCAAUUGACAGUCAGAUUAAGAAAGUUGAGAAUUCUCUUAAUGAAUCAGCUGUCUCACAAGGCAAACCACCACUCCCAUGGGUGCGUUUGGAUGAGGGAGAAGUUGAUGAACUUGCUGCAUUUCUCUCUGGCCCAUCCACCUCUUCUGCAGGCAUUCCCUAUGCAAAAGUACAUGGAGUGGAGCUGCAAACUCUUCCCAAGUGGGAAGAGGGUGUGUAUCAAACAGUUCUAGAGUGUUCAGAGAAUCCUCCUCAUUCGGAGGAUGGUGUUCGAAGUGAGUCCAUAGACGAGAAGUUUCUGGGCCACCGGAGAACAGCAAGUGCUAGUGCUGACAUUGGUGCAUGGCAGAUCGCACCUGGCAAUGAUGUUUCCAUAAAAGAACCUGUACCACCUCCUCGUAGAAUACCCAGUUACCAGGGAUUGUUGAAUGCCGUGGAGUCUGUUAAGGAGUUAAAAUGGCCCAAGAAUGGUUACAGGAAGCUGAAGUUCAAUCAAGAAGCUGACAACAUAUUGCCGCGCACUCAGCCACCAACAAGGAGCAUAAACACGUGCUAUGAGAGGAAUAAGAGUUGCCUUGAUGCUUGUGACGAUUGUUAUGAUAAGCAACUGUAUGGUUGGUAUGGUGCCAUUCAGCGCCAGCUGCAAAGGUCUCAGUAUUACAUGCAAUAUCGUCGACCUGUUCGAAUAGUUUUCUCAGUGUUUCUUCUCAUUUUCUUGAUUGUUUUAGUGGCAGUCCAUGCAAUCUGAGAGAUGAACCUUUUGUCCCUGUAAUCGAUAAGCUUGCAGUGUCUGAUGGUCAGAGAAGUGGCCUAAUGCAAUCAGUUUUGGUAUUACCUUAUAGAGGAAAGGUGUAAAUUACAUGUGAUUUUGUUUAGGUGAUGCAGAGCUGGUGCUAUUAUCUCAACAACAUACUUUGUAGUAGUACAUUUACCUCUUUCUUGGCUCUUCAGUUAGGUUGCCAUUAGUCGAGACCAAAUUCUGUUGCAUUAUGAUAUUCUGUCUAUCAGGAACAGCCUCUCUACCUUCAAGGUAGGGUAAGGUCUGCGUACCACUCUACCCUCCCCAGACCCUAGACCCCACUUUGUGGGAUUACAGAGGUAUGUUGUUGUAUACAGAAAUGAAAGAGAUGAUUAGGUCUAUUUGACUUGCUAAAUCAUGUAUAUUAUUGUAUUGCUGUCUUUAUUCGUUUUUGGGUUUAAA